AUGGGGCUCUGCAUGUCUAGCUGCGGCGCGGCGGCGGCGGUGCGGUCGGAGCGGCUGCCCGCCGCGUCGACGGCGAUGGUGCUGCUCCCCACGGGGGAGCUGCGCGAGUACCCGCGCGGCACCACCGCGGCGCAGGCGCUCGAGGGGCUCCAGGGCUUCCUCUGCGACGCCGACGCGAUGGGGUUCGAGGGCCCGGCACCCGCCGUGGGCGCCGGCGAGGAGCUCCGCCCGGGCCAGAUCUACUUCGUGCUCCCCUCCGAGGCCCGCCGCUCCGGGCUCCGGCGCGAGGACGUCGCCGCGCUCGCCGUCACGGCGUCCGCGGCGCUCGUCGACAGGGCCAACGCCGCCGCCAACGCCGCGUCGGGCGGCAGCCUGCGUAGGAGGCGCGCCAUGUCCGUGUCGCCGCUCGUGUUCGCGCCGCCGCCCGAGGAGGCGGGCGGAAACCGCGCCGCGUACAAGACCGUGCCGGCGAUGCUGGCCAAGAGGUGCCCCGUGGGGCGCGUGAAGAGCGCCGGGAGGAUGCUGCCGCGGUUCGCCCCCGACCUGAGCGCCAUUCCAGAGUGCGAGACGUACGAGUGA